AUGCAGGCUAACUGGUUUAGAGCAGCUCAAUACUGUCGAUUCCAUGGUAUGCAUUUGGCCAGCAUAUCAUCUCAAGAAGAAAACGAUAGACUAGAGAAACACAUUCGUGAUUAUGGUCUUGGUAAUGAACAUUUUUGGACGUCGGGUACUGAUUUAGCAGAUGAAGGAAAUUUCUUUUGGAUGGCAAAUGGGCGACCUAUAACAUUUACGAAUUGGAAUGCUGGCGAACCAAAUAACUUCCGAUAUGAAAAUGGCGAGGAAGAGAACUGUCUUGAACUUUGGAAUCGUGAUGGAAAAGGACUUAAAUGGAACGACACUCCAUGUUCGUUUGAAACAUAUUUUGUCUGUGAAGUGCAAUAAAAACCAAUUUCUCUGUUGUCCGUCCAACCUUCUUCUCGUAUUCAUAAGUUCUUUCUUAUAAAGAUGUAAAAAGUAAGCUUUCGUCAUUAUUUCUUCACUUGAUUUCUCCCUAUUCUCUAUGUUCUUCCUGAUAUGAAACAAACAAACCAUAAUUUAUGAUUUUCUUAAUUGACGAAAAAGUUAGUUUUAAAAAAACCUAAAAAAUCAUAUUAGCCGAGAUUAAGAAAAAAAACUAAGAGGAUCAGGAAUAUUGUGAAAUUCAGAAAAGGCUUGUCAAAGGAAAAGCUUUGGCAUUUAAUUUACUGCCUAAAUAUUGGCGAAAGUAGAAUUAUAUUCUUGACCUUAUACAACAAGGAAAGCAUUAAAUAUGUAUUCACAUAAAUGAAGCCAUUGGAAAUCUUAUAAUAACACUGCCCUAUUUUUUUUCAUCGAAUACUAUUUAAUGUCUAAGGUUUCAAAGUAGAAAGUUGUAAUUAUAAUUUAAGAAAAUAUGCGCAUACAAAGAAAAAUCCAUCCAUUUACAUAUAAAAUCAAUUUUCUAAAUAAUAGAUAAUUAAUUAUUUGGAAAUAAAAAAAAAUCAUAAGAAAAUUUUAUUUGUAUUUUUAUUGUGUAUCACAACUUGAUGAUACUGGAUACUUUAUAUGUUUUUGUUAUGCUAAUAAAAUGUCCUGAAAUGAAAGACUUUCCUGCCAAAAUAUGUAUUUAUGUACAUAUGUGUCUGUUUAUGUAUGUUCCAUGAAACAGAAUCUUCUA